AUGGUGUCUACAUUUUAUGAUGAUCAGCCUACCGAGGAAGAGUGUAAAAGCCUUCGCCGAAUUGCAGAUCAGCUGCCGUGGGCGGUUUGGAUCGUAGCGUUAAUUGAACUGGCCGAGAGAGCUGCAUACUAUGGGGUUUCCGGGCCCUUCCAAAAUUACAUCCAAAAUACGUACAAGAGUCCUUCCGGCUUGCCGGGUGCCCUUGGACUAGGGCAGUCCGCUGCUACGAGGUUUACCAACUUCUUCCAGUUCUUCUGCUAUGUUACACCUGUUUUUGGCGCCAUUGUGGCCGACUCGUACCUCGGCAAAGUCAAGACAAUCAUUUGCUUCUCUGUGGCCUAUAUGCUUGGCCUUCUCAUACUUUUUGGAACGUCCCUGCCAAUUGCUAUCGAGAAUGGCUAUGCUUUUGGAGGCUUGAUAACCGCUAUGAUAUUAAUAGGAAUAGGCACUGGCGGUAUCAAAUCAAAUGUCUCCCCACUCAUCGCAGAACAGUACACAAGAACCAAACAAAGUAUUCGGAUCCUUAACUCAGGUGAGCGCGUCAUCGUCGAUCCAGCAAUGACAAUUGAGCGCAUUUACACAUACUUUUACAUGUGUAUUAAUGUCGGAUCAUUGUCAAGCGCAUUGACAACAGUCCUGGAGUUAAAAGUUGGCUUCUGGCUAGCAUAUUUGGUACCUGUAUGCAUUUUUGGUAUCGGAUUUACUGUCCUUGUGUCCGAGAGAAGGUCGUAUAUCGACAGGCCACCGAGUGGAUCGGUGGUACUUCAUGCUUUCAGAAUUAUUUGGAUCGGGAUAUGGAGUGGGCACAAAUUAGAUGCCGCGAAGUCGAACUUUCAGAGAACUGAGCACAGGUUCACUGUUCCGUGGAGCGAUGAGUUUGUGGAAGAAAUCAAGGUAGCUCUUGCUUCCUGUAGAGUAUUCUUGUUCUUUCCCAUCUACUGGAUGGCAUUUUCCCAAAUGCUGAACAAUUUUAUCUCGCAAGCUGGCACGAUGGAACUCCACGGUAUUCCAAACGAUAUACUAACAAACAUCGAUGCACUGACCAUUAUCGCAUUCAUCCCGAUACUCAACACCUGUUUGUAUCCCAUUCUCCGGAGUAGCGGCAUCCUUUUCCGCCCAAUUGCAAGAAUCACAGUGGGGUUUAUUUUCGCCGGACUUGCAAUGUUAUAUGCGGCCGGAGUGCAGCAUCUCAUUUAUAUUAGUCCACCUUGCUUCGCUUCUCCUCUCAACUGUGGCGCCUCUAACGGUGGUUCAAUACCCAACAAGGUUCACGUCCUGAUACAAACACCUGCUUACUUGUUGAUUGGUUUCUCCGAAAUCUUCGCAUCUACUGCAGGCCUCGAAUACGCAUAUACGCAAGCCCCUCCAAGCAUGAAAUCCUUCGUCAUGUCGAUGUUUCUCCUGACUUCUGCUGGCGGAUCAAUACUUGGUAUACUGAUCGCACCUUUGGCAAAGGAUCCUUACCUAGUCUGGAUGUAUCUCGGCUUCACAACAAUGUGCUUUGUUACUGGUGCCAUAUUCUGGCGUUUGUUCAAGGGCUACGAUAGUCCGAAAGAGGAGAGGGUUCAUUUGAGGAAUUUAGAUUAA